AAAUUUUCCUCCUUUAGAAGAAGAGCCUGUUCUUCAUACGUUUCAUUCCUCAGCAGUAGCCAAAAACUAACAGAAAAUUACACCCUCCCCCAUUCUCUCUCGCUCUCGCUCUCGCUCUCUCUCCCACAUCGCGCAAAACAAAACCCUAUUUCGCUGUUUCCAGACUCAGAGACCCCAUUUCGUUUCCGAUUUUCUCUUUGCCUCUUUUCGCUGCCGCUUCCUCUUUUUUUUCCACAGUCCGAAAACUCCUUUUUGGGUCGUCUUUGUGAAACGCAUUGUUCUGGUUGAGAAUAGACUGAGGCGGUUAUUGAAACGGUUACGUUUUUGGCAUAAUCAUCAAGCCACAGAGGGGGGCUAGGGUUAGUUUUCUCUCUCUAUCUUUCGCUCUCUUCGUGAGUGCCUCGCGCUUUUUUUUUGUUCUCUCUGAAAUUCCCUAUAUUUCGCCUGGAUAAUUUUGUGCUAUUCAAACCCUAGGUUUUGGAAGUGAUGAGACACAGGUUCUAGGGUUUCUAAUUUUUACACAUUUGCUCGGCCUUCACUGUGGAAUCCUAUUUUUGGUUAGGGUUUCAUCUCUGUUUGAUGGGAGUGAGCUCCUGUUUGGGAAUCCUUGGCCUUCUUCUUGUUCUUCCAUUGUUACGUUAGUUCUAUUUUUGUGAUUCGUUUCAAUGUUUUUCGCGGAGAUGAGGGUCUUCUGAGCGUGUUACAGUCGUCUGCCAAUCCAUCUUUAAUUAAAGAUGGAGGCAUAGACAGGCUUUUUCUUCAGUGCUAUUGUCUUGCUAUUGCCUUUGUUCUCGUGCCCUGGGUUCGCUCCUGUGUGAACAUUUGCUUCUUUUGAUUGAGAAAUAGAGGCUACAAAGCAUAGGUUUUAAUAAAAGGACUGGCUACGAUAUAGGUGAGGUGUGGUUGGGGCGGUUACUUCCUUAACUGGUGGUGAUUGUGAAUUGGAGUUGGUGGUUUGGGGUGGGAAAAAACUAGGGCCAGGGAUAGAACUUCUUAACUUUGUAUAUGAGGCUAAUGGUUUUCGUCCUCUGGGUUCACCCUUCUGUGAGAAUUUGCUUAUUUUGAUUGACACAUAGAGGACACACCUAGUGGUGAAGGGAUUGAAGAAUCCAUCAAGGUCAUCGAGAUAUUGGUGUGUUUGGAGAGCCUGACUGGCUUAAUUGGUGGUGAUUGUGAAGUAAGCUUGCUUAUUCAGGGAAAGGAAAUUUUGGGUUAGUGUUACAACUUUGUAAUUCUGUGUAGAAAAAUUGUGGGAAAGGGUGGAGCUGGUGAAGGUCAGAAGUGUUUUCCUUGUUACUUCUGAUGAUGUUCAGUGCUCCUUAUGGAAAGAAGUGAACCCACAUUAUUUCCAGAAUGGUUGAGAAGUACUGGAAGUGUUACUGGGGGUGGCAGUUCCGCCCACCAUUCUGCAACAACUGCUUCUCACUCAGAUGGUCCUUCAUUGGCUCAUCACACAAGAAAUAGGACUUCUAAGAGCACAAGUGAUUUUGAUGGCCCACGUUCUGCUUUUCUGGAGCGGACAUCUUCAUCAAAUUCACGGAGGAGUUCUAGUAAUGGUAAUGGUUCUGCAAAGCAUCCCUACAGUAGUUUUAAUAGAAGUCACCGUGACAAGGACCGUGAGAAGGAAAAAGAGAGGUCAAGCUUUGGGGACCAUUGGGAUCGUGACUGUUCUGACCCUCUAGGAAGCAUCUUUCCCAGUAGGGUUGAGAAGGACAAGUUGUGGCGUUCUCAAUCAAUGAUUUCCAGGAAACAGGGUGAAUCAUUGCCCCGAAGAGUUGCUGUGGAAUCUAAACUCUGCAGCAAUAGCAAUCACAAUGGCAAUGGUGUGCUUUCUGGGGGUAGUAUUGGUAGUAGUAUUCAUAAGGCAGUGUUCGAGAAAGAUUUUCCCUCACUUGGCACUGAAGAAAGGCAAGGAGUUCCUGACAUAGGAAGAGUUUCGUCUCCUGGUUUGAGCACGGCUGUUCAGAGCUUACCUGUAAGUAGUACAGCUUUGAUAGGUGGGGAGGGAUGGACAUCGGCGCUGGCUGAGGUGCCUUCCAUUAUUGGCAGCAGUAGCAGAGGAUCCUUAUCUGUUCAACCGACUGUUGCUGUAACGUCUGGGUCUGGGGCUCCAAGUGCAACAGCUGGUCUAAAUAUGGCUGAAGCAUUGGCUCAGUCACCAUCACGAGUUUCUACUGCUCCCCAGUUAUCUGUCAAGACACAGAGACGUGAGGAGUUGGCUAUUAAGCAAUCAAGGCAAUUAAUACCCGUUACACCGUCAAUGCCUAAAGCUUCGGUCCUUAAUUCUGCUGAUAAAUCAAAGCCCAAAACAGCAGUCAGAGCUAAUGAGGUGAAUGUGGGUGCCAAGAGCGGGCAGCUCCAGCCCUCUUCUUUACAACAUGCUAAUCAAUCUCUUCGUGGUGGACAUGCCAAGUCUGAUGCUUCAAAGACAUCCCAUGGGAAGUUUCUGGUUCUCAAACCAACAUGGGAAAAUGGUGUUUCCCCUACUCCAAAGGAUGUUGCUAGUCCAACAAGCAACGCCAGCAGCAAAGCACCAGAUAGCCAGCUUGCUGUUUCUCCAUCUGUUGCAUCUACAUCUACUCCUUUGAGGAGCCCCAAGAACCUAAAGAAUAUCCCGGUGGAGCGCAAGGUAGCUGCAUUGAAUCUGAAAUCAGGACCAACUUUGGAGAGGAGACCUUCCUCGUCUCAAGUACAGAGUCGGAAUGAUUUCUUCAAUCUCUUAAAGAAGAAAACUUCAAUGAACACUUCUACAGUUCUCCCAGGUCCGGGCCCUGUUGUUUCAUCUCCCACCAUGGAAAAAUCUGAUGAAGUAACUAGGGAAGUACUCGGUGCUUCUGAAAGUCCUCAUGCUACUGAAAAUGGUGAUGAAAUGACUAGCAAUGGUGAUACUUGUGAAGAGGUUCUGAGGUUUUCUGUUGUUGGAGAGAGCAACAUGAGUUGCACUGCAACAGUUCAUCCGGAUGAGGAAGAGGCAGCUUUCCUACGUUCCCUUGGCUGGGAGGAAAAUUCUGGUGAGGACGAAGGCCUCACAGAGGAGGAGAUUAAUGCUUUUGUUCAAGAGUACAUGAAAGUGAGGCCCUCCUCAAAAGUAUGCCGAGGUGUGCAGCCAAUGCUGUCAAAGCUUUCUGAAUCGAAUGUUAAUGGUUUGGCUGGAGCAUCCUCUGAGUUGAGUUCACCUGACUCUGGAUCGGAAGCUUGAGUUACUUUUGCUUGCCUAAGAGAUCCAAGAAGUUCCCAUUUUUGGUGGCAGAUGGUUUCUUGUUUUCCUUUGUUUUGAAAAAAAAAAAAAAAAGAGCUGAUAAGUUGGGUCUGAAAGAAGAGGUUGGGUUUUGGUUGGAAGUCUGCAUUUUGCAUAAUGCAAUAAGUUGAAGGUGCCCCAAUCCUGCCUGCCUUAAGCGGGGAAUUUUCUGUUUUUUAUUUUUAUUUUUAUUUUUAGGUUUUCAAGGUUGGUUGGGAUAGGUAGGGUAAGGGGAUAUUUUGUCUCCAAUGGAGGAUACUAGGGGAAUCGCAUCUUUUGAGGGUAUUUUGGUUCUUUUCUUCCUUUUCCUCCUAAUAGGGUUCAAUUCUACAAGAUAAAGCUAAUGUUGUUUUUGGUCAAUUUUACGGGGAAAAAAAAAAGAAAUCGGAAAGUUUCAAUUUUA